AUGAAACAGCAACGAUGGAUGGACGAAGAAGAGGAAGACGAGGAAGAGGAAGAGGAGGAGGACGGUGAGGGAAUGAGUUCGAAUUGUACUGCAAGUGAGGGACGAAGCUCGUCGUUGCUGCGCUCCAGGAACACGAUGGUGCGCCAUAUUGCGGUGGCAGCAGGAGCAGGAGUACCGAUACAGGCACAACAUUGCGGUUGCUCGCUUUUUCUCUCUCUACCAAUAGGCGGCUGCUUCGUUCCUCGUUAUUUUUUGAAUAGCCAAUGGUGCCGGGGCGGGGGAUUGCUCCGGAACGGGCAGCAGCACCAGCAACAGUACGAGGGCGAACGAUGGUGCUCAGAAUGA